GACAGAUUAUCUCUCAGAGCGUCUGCUUCUGCUCAACUAGACGUAGCAACUAGUGAAGUCCUGAGAUGGAGAGAAGGCAGGAGAGAGAUGGCGGUGAGGGGGUGUCAGGACUGGAGCCAGGUGGCAGGGGGCUAAGGCUGAGGAGGGAGAUUGGCUUGUGGAGUGCUGUGUCCCUGACUGCUGGCUGUAUGGUCGGUUCUGGUAUCUUCAUGUCACCACAGGGGGUCUUGGACUACAUAGGCAGCCCCGGGGCCAGUCUUGUGGUCUGGGCAGUCUGUGGUCUCCUGGCCAUGAUGGGCGCUCUGUGCUAUGCUGAGCUGGGUGCUCUGGUACCCAAAUCUGGGGGGGAGUAUGCCUACAUCCUGCAAAUCUUUGGCUCCUUGCCAGCCUUCCUGGUUAUCUACACGUUUGUGCUGUUGGUCAGACCAGCCGCCAUCGCGGCCAUCUCUCUGAGCUUUGCUGAGUAUGCAGUGGCUCCGUUCUACCGUGGCUGCUCCUCGCUGCCGCAGGCUGUGCUCAAGGGUGUGGCAGCCAUCUGCAUCCUGUCGCUGAUGCUGGUCAACUGCAGGAGCUCGAGGCUGGCCACCAUGCUGACGAAUGUGUGCGCGGUCGCCAAAGUGUUCUCGUUGUUGGUCAUCGUGGGGGGUGGGGCUGUGGUGCUGGGCCAGGGCCGUGGCUACACGGACGCCUUUCUGUUUGCCUUCCACAAUACCACGCAGCAGCCCGGGCGCAUCGGUAUGGCCUUCUACCAGGGACUGUGGUCCUUUGAUGGCUGGAAUAAUGUCAACUACGUGAUGGAAGAGCUCAAGAAUCCGAAGCAAAACCUGGUGUGGGCGCUGCUGAUCGCCAUCCCUCUGGUCACCAGCCUCUACCUCCUGGUCAACAUCAGUUACCUGCUAGUGUUGUCAUCCAGUGAGAUCCUCUCCUCUAAUGCUGUGGCCGUGAGCUGGGGGAACCAGGUGCUGGGAGCCUGGGCCUGGCUGGUACCCUUGGCUGUCACACUCUCCACGUUUGGCUCCGUCAAUGGGAUAUUCUUCGGUGGAAGCCGUGUGUGCUAUGUGGCGGCAAGAGAGGGCCACAUGCCCCAACUUCUGUCCAUGGUUCAUGUGCAUCGCCUCACACCAACUCCGGCCCUGAUGUUUACCACCGCAGUGGCUCUGGUCCUGGUCAUCCCAGGAAACUUCAGCACCAUCGUGAACUUCUUGAGCUUCCUUGGCUGGAUCACCUAUGGAACCACCAUUGGCUGUCUCUUGUACUUGCGGAUAAAGAACAAGAAUCUUCCUCGACCUUACAAGGUCCCCACCGUCAUCCCUGUCAUCAUGCUUCUUGCUUCUUUCUACCUGGUGCUGGCACCCAUCAUUGAGCACCCCCAGACUGAGUUCCUGUACAUCUUCCUGUUCCUGCUCAGUGGCAUCCCGGUCUAUUUCCUGCUUGUCUAUUUCCGAUGCCAGCCCAAGUGGUUGCAGAUGGCCACCCUGUAUCUCCAGCUGCUCCUGGAAGUUGCUCCAACUGUUAAAAAUGUGGACUAAAGGACUGGACAGGUGAGCACUGCCCUUCUUGCUGCAGACAUGUCUGUCCCCACGCAGGUGGCCUUGCCAGAUUUUCUGUAGGUUGCGCAUAAUUCCAGUGAGUGAAUGGAAGGCUAAAUACAGCUACUGUGAAGCUUUGGGGGGCAUCCAACCAGGACAGCAUCCCCCUUUCUCUAAGAACUGUGCCUCCACAGUCACAUUGGUAUUAUGUGGCUGCCUGCCUGGGUAUAGCUACUUGACGUUCCAGGUGGGCAGCAUGAAAUACAUUCCCUUCUCUGGGGAUCUUGGAGUUAGAAUUCUGAUGGUUGCCUCAUCUGAGGAACGGUAAAUUCUGGAGGCUAUGUGGGACUGUCUUCUCUUAUGUGGGCAGAGUAGAGAAAGCCCCCAUGGAGAGAGGAAUGAAGAUACACAGAGAAGUGGUGUUGAGAAAUUCCUUGGUGCCUAAGAGCUGGGGGUAUGACCUGAGCAGGCAGCAGCCUUGGUCCCUGGCUGCUUCUCAGUUCUGGUCUCUGUCCUUCUGUGGCCCAACUGCCAUCUGAUUGUCCUUCCUGCUUUUUUUAUUGUCUGGGACAACGUGAUACCUUAUAAUAAAUUUCCAAUUUUGGCUCA